AAAUAACCAUGUCGUGAUCAUUUUUAGAUUUCUUUUAUAUUUUAAGUGCAAGUUUUUUAAACAAAAUGGCGACAAAGGUCGAAGAACCAUCAGAUACAAUCCUUAUAAGAAGGAAAACUUUCACCGAAGAAAAGUUUCAAGAUAAAUAUGAAUUGGAGCCAGUGUUGCCCAAAGAACUAACAUUGGAAAGAUUGAAACGGAAGUCGAAGGAAUAUUAUCACAAGAAGAAGGAGAAUCCGUGCAAAUCUACAAGGAAAUAUAUAGCAGGGUUGAUUCCUAUAUUCACAUGGUUAUCGCAUUACAAGCUACGAGCGUGGAUUGUUCCCGAUAUCAUAAGCGGUAUCACUGUUGGGGUUAUGCAAAUACCACAAGGUAUGUCUUACGCUCUACUAGCGGGACAACAUCCAAUAUAUGGAUUGUACACGGCCUUCUUCCCUGUUCUGUUGUACGCAGUGUUCGGAACGUCCAGACACACGUCUAUGGGAUCAUUCGCCAUCACCAGCCUUAUGUUAGGGUCGGCCGUCUCUAGCGCUGUACCAGAUCCUACAUUCAAUCAAACGACGCCCAAAGAUGAGCAAGAUAUUUUAUGGAAGGAAGUUUACGACGAACGAAUAUUGCUCGGAGCUGCAGCCGCUUUAAUAGGCGGAAUAUUCCUGCUCGGUCUAAGCAUUCUCAACCUCGGAAUUAUCGUAAUUUACCUCUCCGACCCGAUGGUCAGCGGCUUCACUUGCGGGAAUGCUGUGCAAGUGUUUGUGUCCCAACUUAAAGGACUUUUCGGGGUGUCAGCUGGAAGUUACUCUGGUCCAUUGAAUAUUAUUUGGGUCAUAAGAGACGUGAUUGUUAACCUAACAACCCUUGAUGCGGAGGGAAGGACACGGGUCUCAGCCACUGUCGUCAUUUCCGCUAUCUGCGUUAUAUUUUUACUCGGUGUGAAAGAAAUAAACGAGAGAUAUAAAAAGAAACUUCCCCUGGGGAUUCCCAUACCGGGGGAGAUUAUUGUGGUCAUAGUUGGCACAGGUGUUUCGUAUGGAGCGGAUUUGGCGGGAAAUUUCAACGUUGAUAUUAUAGGGGAUAUCCCUAGUGGACUCCCCGUUCCCAAACCACCACCCACAGACAAAUACUCCAUUGUUGUUGGAUACGCGAUACCGAUCGCCAUCAUCGGUUACGCCGUAGCUGUUUCAAUGGCCAAGAUAUUUGGAAACACCUUCGGUUACAAGAUAAGGCCGAACCAAGAACUUGUAGCAUACGGGCGUCACAAACAAUCCGUGAGUUCCUUCUUCUUCUGCUUUCCAGCUUUCCCAUCAAUGUCAAGGAGUUGCGUGCAGGUUGACAGCGGGGGCAAGACGCAGUUGGUAGCGAUACUAUCAGCGUUAUUGAUGCUUCUCGUUUUGCUUUGGAUCGGACCGGUGUUCGCUUCGAUACCAAACGCUUGCCUCGCUUCUAUCGUGGCUGUUGCGAUCAAGGGAAUGUUACGCAAAGCACGUGACCUCCCCCCCAUAUGGCGGAUCAGUAAGUUGGACGGAAUCACGUGGUUGUUGGCCAUGCUUGCUACCGUGUUCCUGGACGUUAUACUUGGGCUCCUGGUGGGGGUGUUGGUAUCGCUUCUAUGUGUUGUGUUUCGUACCCAGAUGGUGGCAGCAGAGAAACUAGCACACGUAGAUGACACUGAAGUUUACAGAAAAGCUGGAUCGUUUAAGAAACCGGUUGAAGAAGAUAAAGACAUCAUCGUGAUCGCGUUUCGAGGAGCGCUACACUUUGCUAACAAACAAUUCCUAGCAAAAUCGAUUAUGACGUCAAGUGGGAUCGACCCCGGGAUCGAGUUGUCGCGGAAAAAGAAAUUGGACGCGAUCAGGAAGAAAGCGAUGCAAGAAGAAGAAGAGAGUCUCGAAAGUGUGAGCGUCAUCGAAAAUGGGGGAACUACCAGCGUUGAAAUUACUAACGGUGGAAAUAUUAAUAGUGGGGUAAUGAUAGAGGGAAAUCCCCACGCUGAAGGCGUGUUGAACACAGUGGACGCGAUAGUUGAUGAACAAGACAAACCGAAACGCGUUAAAUGCAUCGUGUUGGAUUGUUCACAAAUAAGUUUUAUGGAUUGUCCGGGAGUGAAGUUUAUUAAUAAGACGUUCGAAGAUUAUCGCACCCUUGACGUCACAAUGCUACUGGCGAACGUCUGCAGUGAAGUUGCUCACGUGUUAAAGGUUGGAGGGUUCAUCGAAAAGUACGGUGAUGACGUCAUAUUCCUGUCGGUGCACGACGCGGUCACGUGGUGGCAGUCACGAGCAACACGUGACACAAUAUACGAUGAACAAUUCACUACGACAAGGAUGUAAAACAAACUCGUUGUACAAACGACAACAAUUCGUUCAAUCUUUUCUUCGUUUAAUUCAAAUCGUUCGCUUCAAAACUUGAUUUAAUAAACUCGAAUGCAGCUGUUGUGACGUUUUCUGUAAUACAAGGGUGAUUGUGACGUAUCAAUGCAAUAAACGAGGUUUAAUAAUAUAAACUGAAAAAUGUAAAACUUAUGAAAAGAGAAAACUAGUUGUCAUCUUAUUCGGGAAGCUAAAAUUAAAGAGCAAUAUUUGAAAAUAAACCAAAACAUCCAUGAGGUAUAGUAAGAGUAACGCAUAUCGGGAAUCCCCGUCACAAAAGUCCCCAUAUCGCCAUGGAAAGUCUCAGCUGGUCGAAAAAAGCUUUAAAUUUCACCAAGAAAUUAAACAACUUUAUCUAUUCGGAUACCUCACGUCAAUCAACCAUCCCCCUCACAGUAAGCGGGUUCAACGUGGGUUUGAUAAACCAAGAAGCUUUGGCUCAACUUGUUAAAUAUCCCGAUGUGUUCAGAGUGGUUGAGGGUUCCAGUGGAAAGAAGUUGAAACUGAGCGAUAAGUUUGAUGAUUAUGACGCAAGAACCUCCGCUGUUGAAGGAGUGUUGUUGGAUAUGAAAGAAAGGACCAGCCAUGUUUGUUUGGAGGGGUGGAGAGAUGAGACUUACGAAGUUUCAAUUGGGCCGAACCAUUCGUCGUUGUUUCGUGUUGAGAGGGCGGCAACGUCGAUGCUCGGGGUGAAAACUUACGGGUCGCACAUGAACGGAUAUGUCAGUCAUCCAAGCAGGGGGGUGUGUUUGUGGAUCGCUCGCAGGU